UCAGAAAGGAAGUGAAACCAACCAGCAGACAGUUGGCAUUGCAAUAUGGCCCAUUCUAUGCAAGUUGGAGACUUCUUAGAGGAGAUAAAUUGUUCGGUUUGCCUAGAACUGUUUAGUGAUCCGGUGAUAUUGGAGUGUGGACACAACUUCUGUAGGGCCUGCAUUGAUACAGUCUGGGAUAACGCUCAGAGUCUCUCCUGUCCUGAAUGUAGAGAUCCGUUCGCAGUCCGGAAAUACACAGUGAACCGAAUACUUGCUGCUUUGGUUGAGCGAGUCCGAAAGCAGGAACAAGUCCAGAAAGAUAAUAGAACAAACCCUAGGCAAAAUGUAGAGGAUCACGAUGAAGGCGUGAAACAAACGCUUUGUGUGGAACAUAAAGAAGAGCUGUAUUUGUUUUGUGAAGAAGAUGAAACAUUGGCCUGUUCCAUGUGUAUCCCUGAACAUUAUGGUCACCAUUUCUUACCACUACAGAAAGCUGUUACAAACUAUCGGGAGCAGUUAAAUAGUGUGGUAUCAUCUCUUGAAUCCAUUUUAAAGAACAUUCAAACAGAAGAAAAGAUACAACAACACAAAAUCAAAUACAUAAAAGAAUGUGCGCAAAAUCUGGAGGGCCACAUUAGAUCAGAGUUCACCGUUCUACAUGAUUUUCUUUAUAAAAAGGAACAUCAGUUGAUCCAAGAACUCAAAGUGGAAACAUCAGGAAUUCUGGAAAAAAUGGAGAAAAACCUGAAAGAAAUGACAGACAGCAGCAAUGCUAUUCAGUGCCAGAUAUCUGCUGCUCAGUCAAAAUUGAACCAGCAGGUGUCUUUACUUUUCCUAAAGGUGAUAAAUAUUUUUAACAGCCUAGUGAUAUAUAUUUUUCCAUGUCUUUUUAUCUCCUAUUACAUGAUCAUCAUAGGCCCUUGUAUACUCUGGCUAUCCUAUUCAUUCCUUAUGGGUAAGGGUCUGCCACAGAAGCUGUUAUACAGGCAACCAUCAGAGGUUUGUUUAUAUGGCCCUAACCCCAGCCCUGAGAAGGAGGACAUAUGACUCGCAUCACCAUGGAGGUCACUACACCUUCUUCAUAUGAGUGCAUUUUUUUAUUUUAUUUUAUUUUUUUUUGCAUUUUUCCCUUUACCUACAAUGAAAGCUAUUUCCUAACAGCUUGGUGUAUAUAUAUAUAUACAUACACACAGCAGCAAACAGCACGUAUUUCACAUCCAGGGCAGAGUCUCUAAAAAGUGAUAGGUGCGGUAAGAAGACACAACCACUACCAGUUAGCAAGGUCUCAAGUUGCUUCUUACAUCAACUCUCUUCAAAAGCACUUUUCGUUUGCAGGCAUAUUGUCUACAAACAUCACCUUAAAACAGUUGACAAUAGAGCUGAACAUCCACUUCUGAAUAAAUUUAAAGCAGCUUCUAUUUAUUAUAAAACAUAGUCAGAACUUGUUAAAAUAGUAAAACAAACACAAAAAGCUAAGCGCUUUCAGGUUUCAAAGUUCACCCUUCAUCAGAUCUAUACAUAAUGACCACUGUUCCUUAUUUAAAAAAUACUUUGCUCCAAUGAGGUGAAACUACUAAUUAGCACGCCCAUUCCCUAAUACAUUAAACACGCCUUCUUAUCUUUAUUUCCUGAGUGCUAGUGGAAUAAAACAGCACUACAAGUUAAUGUGCCCUUUCUCUUUGAGAAGUGUUAGACACGCCUUCUUAGUCUUCGCUUCCUAAGUGCAGGUUGGAUGGGAAAUGUAGUAUUAAGUCCUGGUUUUACAUGUGCUUGUAGUUUCCCUAUCCAGAACAUUUCCUCUUGCUCUAGUCUAUUAUUGAUGUCACCCCCCCUACUGGACACAUAUACAACUUUUAAAACCCUGAAAACAAAACUAUGAUCUACAUGAUCCCUGAUAUGUUUUGCCAGGGGACUUUUAAAAUCUUUUAACCUAAUGUCACUGACAUGUUUGGAGAGCCUUUCUUUUAGUUGUCUUGUAGUCUUUCCCACAUAGAAUUGUUCACAUUUUGAACAUGUGGCUAAAUACACAACAUUUCUAGUUGUGCAAUCCGCAUAUGAAUUGCAUGUGUAUCUUUUCUUGGUUACUGGAUGUUCAAAUGCAUUUUCUGUGCAGAUGUAUUUGCACAUCGUGCAUCUUCUACAAGGAAUGGUUCCCUUUCUGUCUGACAUAAUUGGUGGUAUAGAGUAGUUGUCCUUGCAUAAAAUAUCCUUUAAAUUACUUGCAUUCCUAUAUCCAAAUCUCGGUGUUUGUCCCACUAUCUCCUUGCAUUCUUCAUUUGAUGUUAAUAUUUUCCAGUUUCUUUUUAUUAUACCACAAAUUUGUUUAGUGUCAGUCGUGUGGGUAAGAAUCAUCUUAACCUCCUCUGGGUCUUUCCUUCUGAACUCAUUUGUUCCAUUUUCUUUUUUCGCUUUAAGUAUGGUUUUGCCUUCGUUUCCCUUUCCAUCAUGACUUGUUGCUUAUUUUCCAUGAUCUCCAUCUCUUUGUACCCCCUGUCUUUCAGAUGGUCUGACAUAUCUUCCAUCAUAUUCGUGAUAUUGAUAUAAUUCAAGUGUAUUCUUGAGGUCCUUAGAAACUGACUCCUCAUCACAUUCCUGUGGGUGUGCCUCGGGUGCAUACUAUUUCUUGGUAGUAUGUUGUUCUUCCAACAAUCUUUUCUAUAAAGGGUUGUUUCUAUGUCACCUUCCUCAUUUUGCCAUAUUCUCCCGUCUAAGAAGCCCAUUUGUGUAUCACUGUACAUCACGGUGAACUUCAAGAAGUUAGUGCUGUUUUCUAAAUAUUGAUGAAAUUCCUUCAAAUCCACAGAAUUGCCUUCCCAUAAAAUGCAUAUGUCAUCCACAAACCUUUGAUACAACUUUGUUAUCUUUCCAUGGGUUCUCAUGAUGAAUGACUUGAUCUUCCCAGUGCGCCAGAACUAAAUUCGCAUAGCUAUUGGCGCACGGCCUGCCCAUUGCUUCUCCACAUAGCUGAAUGUAUAUCUUGCCAUUGAAGAUUAAGACGUUGUUUGUUAAUAUCAACUCCAUCAGUUCACAGAUGAUCACAGUUUGUCUCUCAUCAUACAUGCCCUUGUUCUCCCCUCCCCUUUCCUGUUUAUUACCUUAAGACAAUC